AAAAUUUUUUACAUUUUUUCUAUUGCUGUGUCUUGUAAAAGUUGAAGAAAAGAACACUGUUUCUAACCACUAUUAAACAAUUCAGAUUUGUUUUGAAUUGGAUUGAAAAACUGGUGAAAUUAUCGAAUAAACCCUUUUGCUUUGUGCCGCUCACAUACACCAUGAUGAUUCGUCGAUACCAUACCUUGAUUGAUACAUACACCUUGCUUGAUGCGUCGGUUUGACAGUUCGUUUUUCACAUGCGUCACGUCGUAUACACCAGUAUUAUUUUGAAGAUGCACAUACACCGGUUUGCAAAUUCCCAUAAAACCUAAUAAAGUUAGUAAAUUCGACAGUUUCUACGUUUAACUACAACGAAUAUUGGGUUUCCGAAUGUUUCCAAUUUCAACUGGACUAACAGGAGCGCGGACGGAGCCGUGAGUAACAAAAGUAGAUGGAGAACAGUUCUUGUGAGAAAAUUGAUACGUCGGAAUGAAGAAUUAUGCUUGAAAUAGUGAACCUCCACUACAGUGCAGUGAUAGCACCUAAAUUCAGCAUGAGCAACACCUUCCGGACGGUGUUUCCAACGGUGAACCGGGAUCUGCUCAACUGGUUCCCGGGCCACAUGGGCAAAGGCAUGAAACAGAUGCAGCAGAAGCUCAAACAGGUGGACUGCGUAAUCGAGGUGCACGACGCCAGGAUUCCCCUGUCGGGACGCAAUUCCGAGUUCCGGUACACGAUCAGUGGCGUCAAACCACACAUCCUGGUGCUCAACAAGAAGGACAAGAUCGAUCGCCGGUUGCAGGGACAGAUUGUCGAUCGGUUGCAGCAGGAAGAUUCGGAAGCACGGCAUAUUCUGUUCACCAACUGUAAGGACCAAUCGUGCAACGGCAUCCGAAAGGUAAUGCCCCUGGCCCAGGAUCUCAUUCUCAGCUCCAACCGGUUCAACCGAGCCGAUCAGAAAGAGUACUGCAUCAUGAUCAUUGGUGUUCCCAACGUGGGGAAAUCGUCCCUCAUCAACGUCCUUCGGAAUCGUCACCUGAACAAGAAGGGAGCUUCCCAGGUGGGGGCCGUAGCCGGCAUUACCCGCAGCGUGCUGAACAAAAUAAAGAUCAGCGAAGACCCACUGGUCUAUCUGCUGGACACCCCGGGCAUCCUGAAGCCCAACAUUGCGGACACAGAAACCGGUUUGCGGCUGGCUUUGGUAUCCUGCCUACAAGAUCACCUGGUGGGCGAGGAACUUAUAGCCGAUUACCUACUCUAUCUGCUGAACAAACGGGGGAACUUCAAAUACGUGGAGCUGAUGGGCCUCAAGGAGCCAACGGAUUCCAUCGCCGAAGUUCUGAUAGCCGGAUCGAAGCACCUGGAUAAAACGGUCCGUGUGCGACAUUAUGAUGGUUCUUUCGUAAUCCGACCGGACGCGAUGCUGGCCGCUAGGCAUAUGAUCAAGGCGUUUCGGACAGGAGCCUUUGGGAAAAUUCUAAUCGACGACGACAAGUUCGUCUGAAUGGCCUUAUACCAAAAGUAGUUGUAUAUUAAAUCUAUAUAGUUCCUUACA